CUGCGCAGCCGCAGAGGUGUUACAGCAGUGAGCUGAGGUGGACUUCUUCCCUUUGGACGGUGUGAAAGGAGCACUUCAGUUCCGCAGCUGUACCUCAGGAACAACACAAAACCUCCCCGACAACCUCUCAGACACCAUGAUGAUUCGGAUAGCCGCCUUCCUCGCUCUGCUGGUGGUCGCCUGCUCGGGAGAGAGCUGCACAAACCCAGCGAUCACUCCGUCGGCCUACACCACCUCUGACGCCGUCAUCUCCUCCGAGUCUGUCUUCAUCGUCGAACUCAGCUUGGCCUGUGCCAACGGAGCACAGAGUGUGACUCUGUAUGCUGAUGUCAACGGAAGACAGUUCCCUGUGACUAGAGGCCAGGAUGUUGGCAAGUACCAGGUGUCCUGGAGUCUUCCUCACAAACAGGCCAGCUCUGGAACAUAUCAGGUCAAAUUCUUCGAUGAGGAGUCCUACAGUUCCCUGCGCAAGGCCCAGAGAAACAAUGAAGAUGUAAAUGCCAUUGAGCCUCUCUUCUCUGUCAACAUUGACCACAGGGGUGCGUGGAACGGCCCGUGGGUGUCUACUGAGGUGGUGGCUGCCCUCAUUGGUAUCCUGGUCUACUACAUGGCCUUCAGUGCUAAGAGCACCAUCCAAGCAUAAAUUAAUUCACAAUCACUUUUUAACCACUGGAUCAUUAAAGACUGAAUUCUGGUGGAGCUCGACCAAUGAUCCAUCAUCCAGUGUUGUGGCAAGCCAGUAGGAUUUUGCUAUUUGGCCUGCUUUGGGACGAGGAGCAAGAGUAGCAGUCUUUGUAUUUUGUUUUAUUCAGACUGUGUCUGUAUGCCAUCAGUCUUAUCAAUUUACAGAUAAAUUUUGUCAGAAGUUUGUCUUGUCAAUAUGGAUGGAAUUUUGUAAUUUUUUGAUAAGACCAAACAAUAAACCUGGACCACAUAAAUAAACAAAAGAAAUAUAGAUCAUGUACUGUAUUCAAUCCUACUUAAAAGAUGUUAAAACAUCCACACCAGAUUAUCCUUUGUCCUUCUAUGUGGAUAUGUUGGCCAGACUGGGACUUGUACGGAUGUGCUGAAAACUACCAGAGAGAGGUCAAGACCUCUGCAUAUGAAAUGUCAAUAAUGUGACUGCACUGGCUGGCCUGAACAGGCCUAGUGUAUUUGUCUCUUCCAGUAAAAUGAAUAAAUUGCUUGUUUUUCUUCCA